GUAAUUUUGUUAAGCAAAAGCGAUUGACCAAAUAUAGUCAAUUUUUUUGUUCAUCGCAACUACCAAUACCUUUUCAUUGAAGGAAUAUUAUUGCUGGUGGUUUAAUCACCUAAUCCCCCAUCUGCAUUAGCCAUUUCAAUUUAAAUUACUCUUUCCAUCUUUAAUCAUUCACCAAUCGGGUAGCUACGCUUCUUUAAUCAACUAGUAUUCACUCAAUCAAACAAUCGUAUUUGCUAAAUGGAAAUCGAAUCUCCUUCUUCAACUGGAAAGAGUCAUUUCAAGCUAUGGAGCGAACUAGAGUUACACGACUUUCCAGAUAAAUUCGUUAUCAGACCAGUUAAAUCUCCGGAUCAAGGCUUCUCUAUCGCUCGCUCUGAUGGAACCUUUCGUAAUCUUGACGGUGAAGUUAAUUUGGAAACUGCUUCCAGGAUGUAUACUAUAUUUGGAGUUGCUGGAACAAUUAGAUUGCUUGCAGGGACAUAUGUAUUGGUUAUAACUUCUCGCAAGGAGGUUGGAACUUACCUUGGUUAUCCUGUCUUCAGAGUCAUGUCUAUGAAAUUCUUAUCCUGUAAUGAAGGUUUAAGUAAUCUUAAUAAUCAGCAAAAAAAAGAUGAGGCUUACUUCCAGACAUUGUUGAGAACUGUAGAGGAGACUCCUGGAUUGUAUUAUUCCUACGAAACAGAUAUUACAUUAAACUUACAGAGAAGAUAUAAGAUGGCUGAUGGAUGGAUGAGUAAACCAAUUUGGAAGCAGGCUGACCCACGGUUUGUUUGGAACAGGAAUAUCUUGGAGGAGCUAAUUGAGAAUAAGCUUGAUGAGUUCGUUGUGCCACUCUUACAAGGAAAUAUCCUUUACAAUUAUUCUUAUGAAUGCAUUCUGUCAUUUUUGAUUUUCCAUACAAUAGUAGUUAGAUUCCAUGCUAUUUAUGAUGUUCUCCUUAACAGAAGAUUACGUUUCCAAACUGGACAGCUGAAACUGAAUAAUUUAACGUCCACAAUCACAUUAAUAUCAAGGAGGUGCACAAGGCGUCUUGGUACUAGAAUGUGGAGACGUGGAGCUAACCUAGAAGGUGACACUGCAAAUUUUAUUGAAACUGAACAGUUGCUGGAAUAUGAUGGAUUCAAGUCAUCAUUUUUACAGGUCCGAGGUUCAAUUCCUCUAUUGUGGGAGCAAAUUGUUGAUUUAAGUUAUAAACCGCGUCUUGCUGUUAUUGAGCAUCAGGAUACACCAAUGGUGGUGAAACGCCACUUUCAUGAUCUUAUGCAAAGAUAUGGAGAUACUAUUGCUGUUGACUUAACUGACCAGCAUGGAAAUGAGAGCCUUUUAAACUUGGCAUUUGCCACAGAAAUGGAAAAGCUUCCUGAUGUAAGAUAUGUCUCGUUUGAUUUCCAUCAACGAUGUGGCAACCGAAAUUUUGAGAAUUUGAAACUUUUGUAUGAUGAAAUAGCCGAUGACUUUGAAAAGCAGGGAUUCUUCCUCCAAACCGCACAAGGAGAGUUGGUAGCAGAGCAGAAAGGAAUCAUCCGAUCCAACUGCAUUGACUGCCUUGACCGCACAAAUGUUACCCAGAGUUAUCUUGCAAGGAUUUCUUUGAAUCAACAAUUGCAGCGGAUGUGUGCACUGACACAAUCAGAAAGCAUUUGUAGUUUCACAGCUGAUGAAGAUCUUGAGAUUUUCAGGACUUUGUGGGUGGAUCAAGGUGAUGAAAUCAGCCUCGAGUAUUCUGGAACAAAUGCUCUAAAAGGGGACAUUGUCAGAUAUGGCAAACAGACUAUAUCCGGAUUAAUCAAAGAUGGGAUGAGUGCCCUUUCAAGAUAUUAUUUAAAUAAUUUCCAAGAUGGAGUUCGCCAGGAUGCAAUAGACCUAAUAAGUGGCUGGCUACAGCCAAGCGCAGCCUGGUGCUGA